AUGUGAAAUAUUUUUUGGGUUGGCACCAUUGCACAUUGAAAAAUGCAAUAAACAACAAAUCCCUUUCCCCCAUUUAAAAAACAUUUCUGCAUUUUAACUAAAAGCCCCUUAUUUUAAUAAUAAUUGCAGAGCCCUAUUAAGAAGCCCCUUAAGUUAUCUGGCAAAUGCUCCCGUUUCGUUGAAAAACCCCAAUAUAAAAUGGCCGGUGCUGCUGAAAUAUCCCAAUCGCAAUCGUACGACGACUGUCUCGACGAUCUGACUGACGAAGGUAUGACCCGUUUUACGUAUUUAAAUUAAAAUUAAGUCGCAAUGGCCAGCAAAGGCCCCCCGAAAGCCCCCGCUGGGUUUUUUAGAUGCUCGAUAGACAGGGUGGAUCAGAUACCAAUAUUAGGUUUCGAACAAGGCGACUGCGCAUCAACGACGCGCACCCUCCCAGAAGACGCUUCGCUGAGCCCUUUGCUGCGCAUCCAGAAAUAUGCGCACAGCGGUGACAUUUUCGACCGACACUGGGUACCACGGGUGGUCAAAGACAUUUUCAGGACCGCCCCCGCAGACAUUCUCACGUGGCAACUUCCGGAUAUCAUGAAAGUUUUGAGUAAACACGAAGACGAAGCCCUGCUCAAGACCGAUUUACUCGAAGACAUACCAAACAUUGCCGCACAAGCCCUAGAAAACUCAGAAAGAGUUCCCGCUCUGAAAGACGUCAUCGGUGAAUAUCUGAUUCCAUUAGUGCUCAGAAAUAUAGGAUGCUCAGACGCCGGAGUGGACAAAACGGCUCAGACUACCCUGGUGCAGCUCAUACAGCGAGGUUACGUCACACAAACCCAAGCCGAAAUCAAAAUAUGCCCCUCAAUUUUGGCCCUUACGAAAAUGGAAAGUCAGCAUCAACUAGAUGUCAACACUGGUGCUAUUAUGCUCCCUCGCUAUUUGGUUCUCUGUCAAGACGAAAUUUGGGGCGUGCGCAAAUCCUGCGCCGAAGUCAUAAUGUACGUCUCGUGCGCCUGCGAUCCAAGCCUCAGAAGAUCCUUAUUGGCUCCCGCCUUUGCUCAACUAUUGACAGACGAUUGCAGAUGGGUGAUGAUGUCCGCUUACCAAAUGCUGGGCGCUUUUAUUGUAACUUUUGCUGAUCCACCUCUGACCAGUAUUGGGUAUAAUGCUUCAGGGGAACUUGUGAUGUUUAAUAUGAAUGGGAACGAAUUCCAACCAGGUGGUGUAGAUGGUUUUUCCAAUCCAGGUGCCUACCAUAAGGCUGUAAAUUUUUCUGAUCUAAUGUGCGAUGGUAAUGAAGUAACCGACUUGGACGAUGAACAAAGUAAAAAGGCAAAUUCCACUUCAAAGACUGAACAACAAGAGCGGCACGAAGAUGACUUGCUUUCGUAUAACGAGUAUAACUAUUGGCACAUAAGUCCCGGACAAGUUGAUGGUUUAGAUGUCUCAGAAGUUCAGGAAAACUUGGACGAAUCAGCUUCAGAAGAUAUUGUGACCAAUCAUUUAGAAGAACUUUACGCCACUAUAAGCCUGGACGAUUCCGUCAAUGUUGCUGCAGAAGAAAAAAAGAAAACGGAAGAGUCAGAGAUUGAGCCUGAUGCUGCUUCUGGUGAUACUAAGGGUGAUAAUUUAGAUAAUAAAAGUAACAAUGUAGCUGAUAAUAUAGAAGAAACCUCCACGCCAACAAUAGAAGAAGUCAAAGAACCCCCUCAAAAAAUAGUUCCUCAAGAAUUAAUCGACAAUUUCGUGUCAAUGGCAACAUGGGAAAACAUCUACGACGGAAUGUCAUAUCAUUGCGCCUACUGUUUACCAGCAGUAGUAUUGACUUUGGGCAAAGACAAUUGGCCUUUACUCAAAAAUACUGUAGACGCAUUGGCUGGCCACAUGUCCUAUAAAAUCCGAAGAACUGUAGCAAGCAGUCUACACGAAAUCGCCCUUAUUCUUGGACCUGAAAUUGCAACUGAAGACUUGGCACCACUGUUUGAAGGAUUUUUAAAAGACCUGGACGAAGUCCGCAUUGGAGUUUUGAACAAUUUGUUUGAGUUUUUGAAGCUGAUGUCACCAGAAAAAAGAGCCAUUUUCCUACCAAAUUUGGGGCAAUUUCUACGCAAAGAUGACGUAUGCAAUUGGCGAUUCCAGGAAAAAUUUGCCGAGCAAUUAACAUUGUGUGUACAACUCUUUAGUACUGCCGAUGUUGUCAAACAUAUUGGAUUGUACGCGCAAGCGUUGAUGCUUUACAAUGUUGCCGCUGUACGACAGGCCGCUAUGAUUUUGGUUACUGAAAUCGCCAAACAAAUCUUCACUGAACACGCCCUUGCCUCAAGCUACUUGUCAGUCAUUGCCGAGAGAUUUGCCCACUCGAAAAAAUGGAAGCCGCGUCAAACCUUCGCCCUCCUUUGCAUUGAACUACUCAGAAACGAGGCUAUGGACUCAGAAGAGUUUGCGUCUGCGCUGUUGCCACAUUUGUUGGAUUUAAGUUGGGAUCCUGUUGCCAAUGUGAGACUGGUGGUUGCCAAUUGUAUCGUCAAUCACAUACUCAGAAAGGAGUAUUUCCAGGAUCCGGAAAAUAAUCAUAUAGAGUUGUUGAAUAAGGUUUUGCGUAGGUUGCAGAGUGACGGGGAUAGAGACGUGAGGAUGUUAGCGCAAUGAUUUUACUGUCUUUUUACACCCUGUUUGAAAUGUUUUGUUUUAUUUAUAUUUUAUUAAUCUACUCCUUUGUACUUGUAAAAUAUGUAAUUAAUUAUGUGAAAUAUAAAAAUUACUUUCCAUU